AAAAUGUAUCAACCUCUAAUCUAACGGAAGCUGUUUGUAUCUAACUGUUUUUCAAUUUUAUUUGUUUAACUUGUGGUUAUGUCAGAAAGCGAACGGCAUAGGCGGCGCUGGACCAAUUCCUGUUACGAAUGUCGCAAAAAAUGCUGCUGGUUCUUCAAGAAACUAGUUGUGUUUUGUUUCUCCCAGAUUGGCAUCGUGUGUCUUGUGGUCGGGUAUGCACUUCUGGGAGCUGCAAUAUUCGGAGCCCUAGAAGAACCAAAAGAGGAAUUAAAUCGUGUAUUGGUCAAAGAUAUAAGGAACAAAACUCUUCAGCGUCUCUGGUGGUUGAAUGAAAAUUUAUUCGUGUUCGAAAGGCAGAACUGGUCCAGAGCUGUUGAAAAGGUACUCGUGGACUUCCAGACAGAGAUAUUUGUGGCAGUCACUAGUGCUGGAUGGGAUGGCAGGGAGGAGGAUUAUUCCGGGGUUUCAGAGUGGUCAUUUACCGGUGCUUUGUUAUAUUCCGUCACCGUGAUUACCACGAUAGGAUAUGGAAAUAUUACUCCGAAAACUAUACUAGGACGAAUGGUUACGAUUGUGUAUGCAUUCAUCGGAAUCCCUCUCACAAUGAUAUGCUUGGCUAAUAUAGGUCACGUGCUUAGUAUUUCAUUCAAGGUUCUUUAUAAACGACUUGUAUGCAAAAAGGAAAAGAGAGAAACAAACACAACAUCUGAUGCCUCUUCAAAAUAUCUAUUUGCGAAUCCCCAAAAUGUGAAAACAGAGGAUGAUGAAAACGAGGCUCAGUUCGUAAUGUCGGACACUGAGAGGGUCAAAGAUACACGGGUCCCAGUGUACGUGUGCUUCGUUCUCGUCAUUGCUUACAUUUUGUUGGGCACUGUGUUGUUUAGCCUGUGGGAGAACUGGAACCCAUUUAAAGCUGGGUAUUUCUGCUUCAUCACCCUUAGUACGAUAGGCUUUGGGGACGUGGUACCCGGACACAGUCUGGAGAAUUGGGCCAGUCCUGCCAAACGGGUCAUUUGCUCGCUGUAUCUUCUAUUUGGUCUUACUUUGAUAUCGAUGUGUUUCAGCUUAAUGGUGGAUCAUGUUCGGGAUAUAUCUAGGAGAUUUGGUCAAUGGAUAGGACUUUUAAAGAGAGAAGGAGACUAAGCUAAACAACAUCAAAACUUUUUCGAAACAAAGACAAACACAGACAAUCAAAUUAAAACAUAAGGAAAGCAAUAUUUUACAUUUUUUAAAAACAAAUACUGUAUCAACUUUCGACUUUGUAUUUUUUUUUUUGAAAUGUUGAUAUUUGUGUCAUGUUAUCUUUGUCAAAUGUGCUCUUUUUGGAUGAAAAUUCCGACUCAAGUUUUGAAUCUCAUGGUUGAAAAACAACCAGCAAAACGAAAACUUUUUUUUGUUAUUGUAUUCAUAUACUCAUUAUCUUUUUAUUUUCUUUUUAUAAAUGAUAGGUAUUUAUGAAGUGUAGUGUCAUAAUGUAA